AUGGCACAGCCCUCGUCGUCGCACAGGGAGCGCGAGAGAGAGCGCAGUGAGCGUUCCUCUCGACACCACCACCACCGUACAAUUUCUUCGACCACCCUCCUUCUCGUCCUCUCACUCGUCCUCGCCGUACUCGCCAUCAUGCUCUCAUUACCCUCCAGUAGGGAGGGUGCAGUGCCCACCGGCAACCCGGGUGAUCCCCAGAGCCAAGGCAUCCUAGGUCUCCUCACACCAAAACGCUCGCAAGCGCUCAUUGCUCGUGAAAGCAAUGUCGCCAUGCGCGAAGCUGAGGUUGCUCGUCGUGAAGCUGAGCUUCUCGCUGGUGCUCCCGGAGGUGUUCUGCCGUCCCAGGCGGUUUGCCCGCCUUGCCCUACCGUCGUUGAAAAGAUCACCGAGGCUCCUCCUCCCGCUCAGACUGUCAUUAAGGAAGUCGUGAAGGAGGAGUCGCUUACCCCGCCCGGGUGGUGGGACCAGGCCCGCGUUCGUGCGGAGGAUAUCCUUGAUCGCGAGCUCAAAAUUGCCGAGCGCGAGCGCGAGAUCAGCAGGCGUGAAGAGGCAGUCAACCGACGCGAGCACGACGCGUCGCGGCGCGAAGGGUGGAUUAUGGAGCAGCUUGUCGCCUUGAACAACGAGGAUCCUACUGUCGAAGAAGAGGUCAUAUACGAACCGGCAGGCGCGAGAUGGAAAUCCAAGGCCCCCCUUCCCUUUCAAGCCCUUCCUCCCCCUCUGAUUCUCACCGAGACGGCCCUCGAGAUAGCAACCGAAACGAAGACCAUCACACAUACUCAUCACCACACACACCAGCCCCCUGCUGAAACGGUCACUGUUCCCCCACCUGCGAAUACCCGCCGCGCGGCUUCACCCACUCCUGUCCUGGUCUCGUCCUCGUCUUCCACUACCCACAGUCCACGAACCACCGCUGUUGAGGUUGUCAUUGAGGAGGAACCCGAGCUUGAGCCAGAAGUGGAAGAGCACCAGACGGUGACGGUUAACGUGUUGCUCCUCGCCUACUCCACCAUCCUCCACGACGAUCCCCUCGUGUCUCAGCUCUCCAGCUCUGACUCCCGCGGCACCCCGGCGACCCUGACGCGACUCCACUGCCAUACACAAAGUCUCGCGAACCUCCUCGAGCCACUUUUUCGCCUUGCCCUUUGCGCGACAAAUUCAACUGCCAUGCAUAUCCGUUGCAUGUGGUACGACGAAAAUGGGAACCCCCAUCAGGACGGUUGCCGCAGACAGGGCCGAGGGUGCAAUUUUGUGCACCCUAGCGAUCCCCAGUGGGCCUCGGCUACACCUUCGCGACACCAACUGGACCAGCACAGAGGUGAACGUGGCGGAGCACGCGGGCGCGGGCGCGGUUUGAGCAGAGCCAACACGGGCAGUGAAUGGGGCCCGAGCUUUGGCUCCGCGUCGAGCUUCACCACUGGCGCGAACAGCUCCUCCAUCACGCCCAAGAGCUUCCUUACCCCGGACAACAACAACACCUCUUCAUUUUCCAGCAGCCGCAAGGAGCCUGAGCCCGAUUGGGGUAGCUCUAAUACUGGUCAGGGUAACGCCAAUGCAGACUGGGGCGCCUCUAAUGCAGACUGGGGUGCCUCUAAUGCAGACUGGGGUGCCUCUAAUGCAGACUGGGGUGCCCCUAAUGCAGGCUGGGGAAGUCCCAACGCUGACUGGGGAGCUAAAAGUACCGGCUGGGUAGAUCCAAACGUGAAUGAAGGUGGAGGAAGCAGGGGUGACACAGGCCCUGACACGAACGGGUCAACUGUCGCGCACGCCAAUCCCUCUGCAAAAGGGAAGAGUAAUAACGUUCCAUCUGGUGCGGGCUCGCUCAGUACUGACUCUCCACGCGACGCUGAAUCCUGGGGCGGCGCUGGCGAGGGGCACAGCAAGCCUGCUGCAGUAGAUUCUUGGGGUACUAGCACAGGGUACAGCGAACCAACACCCGUUUCUGCGUCGGAUAUUUGGGGCGCUAGCCGAGGGUACAGCAAGACGGCGGCACCUGCCUCUGCGUCAGAUACGUUGGUGUCUCCAUUCGCUGCAUUGAUCUCGCCUACUUGCGCCUCUGGGACCGAACAUCCUUCUGAGGAUAUCGGAGGUGGCAGUGCGCGUCCACCGUCGCCAACUCCGUCGACUACUGAUUCGUCUGCCAGUGGUCGCACUUCACGGGAGAAAUUCCUGGAAACUGUUGCCCAAACAGUGCACUACAUGCAGAAGCAGUGCAGCUUGGAGGAAGAGCGCAACCGUAUCCGGAAAUUACAGAGAUCGCGGCAGUUUGUGAGUGCAGGUGAGAGGGCGAUUCAGCGGCUCGAGGGGAUGCGCAAGCACAAUGAUCAACAGCUCCGGGAGGUGGAGAAGCAGCUCCUAAAGAAACAGAACAUCCUGGCAGCAUAUCCACUCGUUCCCCCAUCUUCGGCCGAUGACAUCUCAGUGGGGGCCGAGGACUUCAAGACGUACGCUGAGGAAGUUCGGGUCUGGCUGGAUUUCAUCCGACCAGUCGUUCAGCAGCUUCAGGCCGAAGCUGAAUCAUCUGCGGGCAACAAACACAAGUGCAACCUGUCACCUGUAGCUGAUGUCCGCGACCAGCCAGCAGUCUCUGAGACCUUUGCUGCAUCUGCGGAGCGAAUGGCGGCGGUAGAGGUGAGGUUGGAGGAGCUGGAGAGCGACCUGCAAGAACUGCAUGCAAGCUGUCUGCCCAAGCUGCACGAGCAGUUCAACAAGGAAAACUCUGGUCUUCAGGUAGACGCUGAGGGGAGCAUAGAACGUGGUCGACCAGCUGCCCCUUCGCCCAUUGAGGAUGGAGAAGUCCGGCCCACCCCACCUACAACCGGUCCCGAACAAUGCGUUAAAGAGCUCUCUGACAAACUCGAAGUCUUCGAGAGCCAGAUGAAAAGCGCUCGGGACGAUAUUCAUGAGCUCAAGGUACGCGAUGCGCAGGGUUGGCACGAACAUUUCGGUCUCAGGGCGGAGAGGGAAUUUCUAAAAAUGGAGCUUGCUGAGGUACAGCAGAACGGCGCAAGGUUGCAAAAAGACCAGGACGCGCUGGAUGCAGAGUUAGCCAGGCUCCGUAAGAGCUUUGCCAGGCUGGAGGAGGCGCGCUCCUCCCCUACUCCAACCAUGUUCCCUCAGUUCGUUUUCGAGGAACUAGUGGAGCGGGUGUCCGAAGAUAUGGUUCAACCGAUCCGCAACGAUGUCAAGAAUACCUUGGAUGAUUUCACGCAGAGCAUUCGGGAAGCGGUACGUGUCCAGCAAGAGACUAUGUACGGCAAGGUAUCCGUCACACUCCAGCCGACGUUAUCGCUUGUCCAGUCGAUACAGGAGUACGUCGAGACGGCGAAGAUCGCGGCCAUGAAGCAGGGGCAGAUUGAGCCUUAG